AUGUUCUUUGUACUUCAUUUUCUGGGGAUCCUCUUGACAAAUCGACACAUGAGGCUAGCCGCCGCCGGAUCUCCAUCAGAGCUGCAACAGACAGAUAUGCGGGUGUUAUACGAUCAUCUCUUCAACGGAUAUCAACGAGAACUUCGACCGGUUCUCGAUGAAAAUGAUCCUGUUAAUGUAAAACUGAAAUUUUGGUUGAAACAAAUUCUGAAAGUCGACGAGAGAGAUCAAAUUGUCACCGUUUAUUGCUGGCUCGAGCUGUAUUGGCGUGAUGAAACUCUUUCAUGGGAUCCGAUCGUUUUCGGCAAUUUGACGCGAAUCCACGUUCCAGCGGACAAAGUUUGGAAACCCGACAUUCUCGUCUACAAUAAUGCAAAUAUGAAUGUGGGAGAGAACGAGUUGGACACGAAUGCUAUCUUGGAACAUGAUGGAAGGGUUCUCCUCUUCCGCUCAAUCAUCACAUCGAUCUCAUGCCAAUUAAAUCUCGCGAAUUUCCCCUUUGAUCAGCAAGUCUGCUAUCUGACAUUCGCGAGUUGGUCGAUGGACGGCUCGAAAUUGAUGCUCAUCCCCACGGAGAACACUGACAAUUUGGAGCUCUACAUAAGGAAUACCGAGUGGUCGUUGACCGAUUUCAAGGCGAAAUCCUACUUCAAACGCUACGAGUGUUGUCCUCAUCCAUUUCCCGAUAUCACGUAUUUUAUGGUUUUGAGGAGAUCACCCAGCUACUACAUUUUCAGUCUUGUCAUUCCAUCAGCUUUCAUUACUGUGGUCACAAUUGUCGGCUUUUUUACACCACAUUCGACGACGGGAGAGAACACGGAAAAGGUUUCCCUUGGGGUGACCGCCUUGUUGUCGAUGGCGAUCAUUAUGAUGAUGGUUUCCGAUGAAGUUCCAGCCACAUCAGAAGUGAUUCCAUUGAUUGGAAAAUACUACAUUGGGCUAAUCUUUCUCAUUUUCGUCGCCGCUUUCACCACCACGUUGACACUUUCCUUUCAGAUGAGGGGAAAUUCUGGGGAAGAGCUUCCCCUUCCACUUCGCCGUUUUUUCUUCAUUCACAUCGCCGGCAAUAAAUUCGUCUCCUGGGCUUUCUCUUUUCAAUUACCGAAGAAAUACGUGACUCGACCGGAAAAGGAACAAACAUUCAUCUUCGAGAAUCUACGCAAUUGUCUGAAUGGAUAUUAUCGGGGAUUCGCAAAACAAAACGAGCAACAAAAUGGAGGGAUUGGAAUGGAUGAUUUGGAAAGGAAAAAGAGGAAAAUUAUUAUGUCCAAUUCAGCGGCUCAAUGUGCUCACUUGUUGUCGGAAAGGCUGAGAGUCGUUGUCGAGGAUGUUCGAGAUAUUAUUCAGCAUGAGCGUGACUCUCGUCGAAUCCAAUUCGAAUGGCAACAAGUGACUCGUAUCAUCGAUCGAAUCAUUAUGUUCAUUUACAUCGUUGCCACAAUUACUUUCGCUGUGUACAUGUUAACGACAAGAGAUCCGGAUAUCUGGUUGACUGAUCAUUUGAUGGACACAAUUAAGAAA